GGCCGAAAACCCUCGUGCAAAUGCGAGGGCGUCCAAGAGUAAAGAAAGAGACACGUGCGCGUCCUGCGCAGCUGACGCAGCUUCGUCUGUUCGUCGAGAGGCAUAGUCGACGUUUAGCGUUUUGCUUGUUUUUUAUUCUCGCCGUUUACAGUGGUCACGGAGAUCGUCAAGGUUAUUUUCAAUGCGCAGCUUGUACAGCCGUGCGAGCCGACAAAGUGCACCGAGUCGUUCCAUCCCAGUGGAGAAUCAUGAGUGGAGACACGAAGAGGAAAAACAAGAACAGCGCGAGCCGACCGGCAAGGUCUAAAGCUUCCCAAGAGCGCAAGUUUGAGGGAAUCUACAGCAAUGCCAGAUUUGUCCAGAUUGCUGCUUCCCUUGUGGGACACGUAGUACAGGUUCAAGUUCGGGAUGGGGAAAUAUUCGAGGGAGUUUUCCGGACCCUGUCGCCCGAGCUGGAGAUUGUGCUCGAGAUGGCCCACCCCGUGGAAAGGGGCCUGUCCCCACUGGGGGGCCCCCUGUCACGGUUGCUGGCCUCACUGGGCAACAACCACCCGAUGGCGGGGCUCAUGAUCUUCCGGCUGGGGGAUGUGAUGUCCCUGGUGGCGCCCAACGCGGACCUGGACUACGCCACCAGGGACUCGUUCACGGAUACGGCCAUCAGCAAGUUCAACGGGCAGCCGCUGGAGAAGCCCCUCGAGCCCUGGCUGGACGGGGGCCUGGAGGGGGACGCCCUCGUCCUUGACGACGUGGCCCCUGACGGAGACGACACGAACGGAUGGGAUGCAAAUGAAAUGUUCAAGACAAAUGCGGAAAAGUAUGGCGUUACGACGUCGUACGACAGCGCCCUGUCGGGAUACACGGUGAAGCUAGAGCCCAAGAACACGGACGAGUACAAGCUCCAGGAGGCCAAGGCGUGUAAGAUUGCCCAGGAGAUUGAGAACAACCCGGUGUUCAAGAAGCGCACGGACCUGGAGAACGGCGAUGAAGAGGACAAGUUCAGCGCCGUGGUGCGGCCCUCCACUGACCCUUCACCCCCUGGUGCCAGGUAUGUGCGUCGGAAGCCCCUGGGCGGCCCCAAGCCCCUGCGGGGCACGCCUCCCCCUCCGGGCGGGGGCCUGCCCCGGGGGGGCCUGCCGUCGUUCAAGGGGGGCCCCCCGCUGGGCAGCCCGUCUCCGGCCAAGACGGCGCCCCACCCCAAGCACGGGCCCCCCGCGGCCUCCCAGGCACCUCCCGGGACGCACCCCUUCCCGGACCUGGACCCAGCCUCCUCCCCGAGGGUCAACGGAGCGCCCAAGCUGGACAAGGAGCAGGUGGCCCUGCCGGACGGGCCCCCGUGCGGCCCGGAGGAGCCCGUCCUGUCCCCCGUGGACCACCCCGGGGACAAGGGGGCAGAGCGCAAGGGGGGCCCGCCGCAGAAGGGGCGCGACCAGGAGAUAGAGGAGUUCAAGAAGUUCAGCACAAGCAUCAAGCUGGACGACGGCUCCACCCGGGAGGUCAGGGAGGCCGAGCAGGAGGGGGAGCCCCGGAGCAAGGAGCUGGACGAGGCGGCCACUGCCAAGGAGGAGGCCGACCAGUUGGUCCGCAGGUCCACCCUCAACCCAAAUGCCAAGGAAUUCGUGCUCAACCCCAAUGCCAAGGCAUUCACCCCGCGUACCCUGCUGCCCCUGACGAGCCCCCCGGGGGUGCGGCUGGGCCAGAGUUCGAGCCCGCUGGUGUCCCAUGGCCAGGGGAUGGGCCCCAUGCAGCAGGGGGGCCCUCCCCCCCAGCAGCUGGUGCCUGGGCAGCACAUCAUCACCAUGGGCCCCCAGUACCUGAUGCCGGCCACCCCGGUCAGCGUGGCACAGUUCGCACCGAGUCAAGGCCCACGCUUCCGCAAGGCAAUGCCCUUGGUGCAAGCGCGGCACGAUCUCCCGGCCUCGAUGCACGUGGCGGCGGCGACGGGGCAGCCCAUCCUGGCGCCCGCGGCCAUGAACAAUGCGCAGCUCAUGGUGCAGUACACGCCGCCGCAGGGCAUGAUGCACCCCUCGGGACCUCCCCAGGCCACCGUGGCCUACCCUCAGGCUCAGUGCUUUGCCCCCCUGGCCCAGAUGUACCCGAUGAUGGGCCACCACCGGGUGAUGUCCCCCCAGCCCAUGGGGAUGGUGGCCGCCACCCACACGGCCUCUUACGGGGACGCCAGCCACCUGCCCCAGCUUUACAUGUCGCACCACGCGGUUCUGCAGGGCGGCCAGGGCGGGGGCGGCCCCCCUCCCCACUCGAGUCCCCCGACCCCCGGGGGGGGCAGCACGCCGGUGGGGGGCCAGGCUCCGACACCCCCCGUGGUCUACCACCAGCCCCCCGGCCAGGGCGGGGCCGGAGGGGGCCCCCAGGGCUCUGGGGGAGGGCCCCAGCCCCCGCUGGUUCUGGUGCCCCACUCUGGGGGGGCUAACACCCCGCCCCACCUGAUGCCCCACAGCCCCAUGGUGCCCCCGCAGCUGGCCACCGCGCACUUUGUGCACCACCAGGAUCUUUGGACUGGCCUGUCCUGUCACUCUCCUCCGUGGCGUUUGGUCCCCGUUUCCAUCUCGGGCACGCGCUCCAACCAGAGGCAUAGCAAUGUGAGCAGGGACUGCCAAGCACCUGGUGUUCCCCAGGCUGCUGCCACCAGGAGUAUGAAGAAGUCUGACGACUUUAGGUAAAGGAAAAAAAUAGGCAGUGCUAGAGGAAUUAAGUUAUUGCGCUUGCCCCCCUUCCCCCCUUCAACUCGCCCAACCCUCCUUAAAAAGAACUUAAAAAAAUAUGAAAAGCGUAAACUUAAUUUAAUGCUUAAAAAACAGCAUUCAAAAGGAUGCCGGACCCCUCAAAAAGCUAAAUUUGUCCGAUCAUGGAAGAGAGUAGCCUCCUUUGCCCCGCAAGCGACGAGUCUCGGCCCCGGGCCGCCAAGUUCCAGCCCGAAAGCAAGAAGGGAAAAGAAAAAGGAAUGCUGCUCCAGUCUGCCGAGGCUUUCCAAGCAAAAAAACUUCUCUGUGAGCCUGACAGCAGGGCAGUUUCCACACUGGACUCCUUGUAGGCAAACAAAUGAGAGAGAGAGAGAAAAAGGAAAGAGAACAUUUACUAGUAAAACAGAA